CGCAUCUCAGAAAAACUGCAACACCCUCCCGUUUAUUAUUCUUUAAUUCCCUUUCAUUAAUUAUCCGGCCUUUCACGCCGCGCGAGUCAGAAAGUUAUCGCAAAAGACAUACUCGUCGAGAGGAAAUCCAUAUAUUCAGAGCAAGAGAUGACUUCUGGAGGUCUGGGGCUCACCGGGAGCCUGGGUCAAGACGUAAGUCAGGAGGAGUUGGACUUUUCCGAACUGUUUCUCUAUAACUCAACUGGAGAAGACUUUCCUGUCGGCUGCGACAAAGAUGAUCCAGGUGCUCUCCUUCAGAAUGACAACCAGCCUCCUCUGCUGGUGGUCAACGAUCACACUGCGUACGCCCCCACCUGCGACCAGUCAGCCUCCAGCCAGAACUCCUCCUCUCAUAACCCCUCCACAGAAAACCUGUCAGGGGCUGCGUUUGACUCCUUGGGGCUGGCAUCGAGACCAGGGAACAUACCCGCUCCCAGCCCCAGGAUCGAGAUCACUCCGUCAGGCGACUCUCUCAGCUCGCAGACCCUAGAGCCAAGCCCUGGCUCCAAGGCCUACAGGGAGUGUGUGAGCCCUGCCAGCAGUAACUCCUCCACAGGAUGGCCAGCAGAGUCAUACUCUCCAGUGGCUUCACCGUGCGUCUCUCCCUCCAACGGCGCUGGCUGUAGCGCGGGGUUGUCUGCCUUAGACCUCUGCCCGGGCCUUCAGGGCAUCCACACUUCUUCUGCUCAGUCCUCUCCAGGGGCCUCGCCCCGCAACAGCAUCACAGACGAGCCCUUUCUCCUGCCACAACACCAACGUACCGCUGCACCGCUUCCCCACCAGCGCUCCCGCUCUGCCUCGCCGCAUGGAAAGCGGGCCUAUGACCCAGCCCACUCCUGUCAGGGGGGCACUCCUGUCAAGCAGCGAUCCCGGAGUCCCAGCCCCAUUCCCUCGCCCCAUGACCAGCAGGGGUCCCACUACCUUCACCAAUACCAGGACCAACCUGAGUUUCAGGCCCAAGUUCGGACCUCCUCCCAGGGCCUGGAGGAGAACUGUAGUGUCAGCUCCACUCUGUCCAGCGUGGUACCCUCAGUAGUGGUGCGAAGUGCACAUGGGCAGGCCCAGAGACAGGACUGUGUGUAUGGAGAGGUCUAUGACUGGGCCAUUGAGCAGGAGAGGAUUGGAAGGUCUGGAUCUGAGAUCAAGUCUGACACCUUCUAUAUGGUCCCAGCUGUGUGGCCUCCUCCUCAUCCAGUCCAUCAAGGAGCAUUCAGUGGUCUGUCCGUGGCCCCACUUCCCUCUUUAGAGUGGCCAUUGCCCAGUCACUCCAGUCAGUAUGAACUACUGAUUCAGCAACAGCCCAGAUCUCAUCACAGAGCUCACUAUGAGACCGAGGGCAGCCGCGGAGCUGUAAAGACACCCAAAGGAGGGCAUCCGGAAGUUCAGCUCCAUGGGUAUCAAGGCACGGUUUCGCUGGGGCUGCAGGUCUUCAUAGGGACAGCAGACGAGAGGCUCCUGAAACCCCACGCCUUCUACCAGGUCCACCGCAUCACCGGGAAGACCGUCACCACGCCCAGCUUGGAGAGGAUGAUCAAUGGGACCAAAGUGCUGGAGAUCCCUCUAGAGCCAAAGAACCACAUGAGAGUGGUGAUUGACUGUGUCGGGAUCCUGAAGCUGAGAAAUGCAGACAUCGAGCUGAGGAACGGUGAGACGGACAUCGGACGAAAAAACACACGUGUGCGUUUGGUGUUUCGCGUCCACAUUCCCCAAGCUGGAGGCCAGCUUGUGUCUCUUCAAGUUGCCUCUGAUCCUAUUGAAUGCUCCCAGCGCUCAGCUCAGGAGCUCCCUGCAGUCGAGAGGCAGGACCUGGACCGAUGCUCAGUGCUCGGUGGUCAACAAAUGGUCCUCACUGGACAAAAUUUCACUCCCGACUCCAAGGUGAUAUUCUCUGAGAAGACACAAGACGGGCAGCAAAUCUGGGAGGUGGAAGCCACUGUGGACAGAGACAAAACACAAGCUAACAUGCUGUUUGUUGAGGUCCCUCCGUAUCGAGACCGGAGCAUUUGCCAUCCAGCCAAAGUCAACUUCUACGUCAUCAAUGGGAAGAAGAAACGUAGUCAGCCUCAGCACUUCAUCUACACUCCAGUGAUAGCCAUUAAAGCAGAGCCACUGGAUGACUAUCAGUUGAAUUCAUAUGGCUACUCAGAUAAUCAGACACUGUCUGGCCUGUCCAUGAAGUCACUCUACCAUCACCUGGAGCAGGACAACAACCAUCAAGCCUUGAAUGCUUCUCCAACACUCUACCAUCUAGCCACUGUAGACCCCAGAGCCUGCGUGUUAACACCUGAUCCACUGGAUGAUCAGUCAGUCUAUUACCAGGCCAGAGCCGGUACUCUGAUCAACAGUCCUGUGCUGUACCACUCUGCAAACCAAUGUUACAGCAGCUGUGGUACCACCCUCCUUGGUGGCUCCCCAAUAGUUUCCCACCCUGCCACUCCCAGCCAGUGUGUCAGUGCCAGAACCCCAAUGGCCAAACUGAGUGAAGGUCCUCAGGUCGGGGAUUCAUUCGAGGCCUGUUUAUUGUCAAGACAUCAGAGUUUUGUGCAGACAACGCUGCCACUGGGGAAGUCACCACCUUUAAGAUACAUCCAAGGUCAAGCUCAGGGGAAGGCCGGCUGCAGAGUGGAGCCGGGUAGAGGAAACCACGAGGAACAGGCUCCAGAGAGGGUCACAGUCAAACAAGAGAACCUCAGCUAUGCCUACCUGGAGGAUGUGAACGACAUCAUAAGAAGGGACCUGAAAGGCCACAACGGAGAGUGAACCUGGAGGGCCUGCAGCGGCCCCUGAUGUCCAUUACAUUCCAAGUUUAAGCAGUAAACAUAAUCUGCAGACUUCAGAAACUAUAGAAUCCUUAUUGUCUUGGCGGAAAGCUUGUACUUGCAAGACUUGUAGUUAAAAAACUAGACCAGAUUGGUGGCAAAAAUUUUAGGCAAACAACAGAAACUAAUCCAUAAGAAGCUUAUGUUGACUUUAUUUCAAUAUUACAUCGUGUUUCUGUGAAACUAGCAAGGGUGGUGGUUCAUUGUACAAACUCAGUUCUCAGGUACAACAUUUUACAUCAGAAAAUUGGUCAGCUCUCUGUUACUUUAUUAACCUUCACUAUUAUCAUACAGUUUAGCCUUAGCAAAGAUAAUAGAACAUAUGUUAUACCUUAAACUGUGUGUCUGUGUUGUAUCUUUAUUUUAACCUGUUUGACUUCUCUCUGGUCAUAUAUUUGUACAAUUGCUCAUUGUAAGCAUGUAUAAAAUGUUUUAUAAUAAAUAAAAUCUGCUUAUAUGAAUCAGAUAAUUUAAUAUAUAACGUCUUAGCCGAAAAAUGAAUCUCUUUUCUGUAAUUAUCAUAUUUGUUUUAGUAAUACAGGCUGUUUAUUUUAAGAUUAUCAACAAAGUGAUACCAAAAUAGUGUCAAAUA